UCGUCCAGAUCCGAAAGUCCAGUGAACGGGCGGUUUUCCAUUCUACAUCGAUCGAAAUAUAUUCUUGAAGGAACGAAGUUGAACAAGUUGAGAUUUCUGUAGAUUUAAUUGAGCUUUGAGAUAGGUUAGGUACCUCUUCUUGACUCGUUCCGAGAUAUCAAGUUCGAAGUAUCAGCAGAUAAAUCGUUUUGCCUUGAAGCUAUCUGUGAUGGCUGCCAACUACUGGGAAUCAAGUCAACGGAAACACUGGCAAUUCACACGAGAACAAUUGGAGGAUUUACGAUCCAAGCUUGAAGAUGAAGAUCAAGCUCUUGUACAGGCAUAUCCUCUGCCACAACUCAGACACCUGAGCAUAUAUUUCAAUCAACAGAUGACUCGACUUGGAAAACGUCUCGGUGUGCGACAACAAGCAAUGGCCACAGCACAACUAUACAUUCGUCGGUUUUACUCAAAGGUCGAAAUUCGGAAAACGAAUCCAUAUUUAGUUCUAGCAACAGCGGUUUAUUUGGCAUGUAAAAUGGAAGAAUGUCCACAUCACAUCAGACUUGUGGUUAGUGAAGGUAGAGGAUUGUGGCCUGAAUAUUUCAGCAAUGAUACUUCGAGGCUAGGGGAAUGUGAAUUCUUUUUGAUCUCCGAAAUGAGUUCACAAAUGAUUGUUCAUCAUCCCUACAGGAGUUUGACUGCUCUGCAAGGGACUUUCUCUCUAACAGCAGAAGAAUCCAAUCUUGCUUGGUCUAUUGUAAAUGAUCAUUACAUGACGGAUUUACCUCUAUUUUAUGCACCACAUACUAUUGCUAUUAUGGCUAUUCUUCUAGCGCUCGUACUUCGUCCAAAUGCAACUGGAAUCCAAUCUGCUAGUGGUUCGUCGGCUAGCAAUAUUGCAGGUGCCGCACAAGCUGCAUUAACGAGUACUGGUCAAGCGAAAGGCGGAACUCCUGAGAGGCAAGGAGGCAGAACAAAGGUACAAAAAUUAGCAAAUUGGCUUGCUGAAAGUACUAUUGAUGUUGAAGCGAUUGUUGAUUGCACGCAAGAAAUGAUAUCUUUUUAUGAAGCUCAAGAACACUAUAAUGAAAAACUCACAAGGGAACAAAUAAAUCGAUUUAUCAAAGCACGAGGUUUGGAUAAGUGAGAUCAGAUUUAUGAGACAGGAAAGAAUUGCAUGAGAUUUCGGAGCAAUUCAGUCGCAUGCAUUGGAAAUAACCGAUUCAAUGAAACUAAAGGAAGAGGGGAGUGGGUAAUACAUACAGUCAGAAUUAUGAAGCCUCUUUAAUAUUCGAGCUAGAGCAACAUAAAUUCUUUUCUUGUUGGCAGCAUGGAACAGAAGAAUGUGGACUUUCAUCUCGGCAAUUCCCCAAACAAUUUUCGAAGAAGUCAUGCUCGACAGACCUGGAGAAAAGAAUCGUGGCCAAACCUACCCGCUAUGAUGAUUAGAAAGACCCAUCAUCAACUUUAUGGACAGGCUCGAUGGCCAAAUCGCAUGUCAUAUUCGUACAGCUACUCUAGCAUUGCUCAGGCUUUCUCUUCAAAUUCCACUUGACCAAUUUGGUAAAUGAAUAUUGAGUAGUCUAUUGGUUACCUUGCUGGAUAGAUCUCCAUAUCAUGAGAUUUCCAAGUAGCAAACAUCACAUUUGAUCUCAUUAUCGACACGUGUCUCGGAAUUUGAGGAGGAAUAUAUUAUACUGGGAUUCGAUUUGAAUGUUUUCGAAGACAUUCACAGUGUGUUUCGUAUGACGUGGCGGGGAUAACAGGUGAUUGGUCUGAGAUAUUGAAGACAGCGGAGACUGGAGAUAGAAAUUAUAAGACAAUAUUCAUGAAAUACUCGUGA